AUGAAGUAUUUCCUGCCAGAAAGUCCAGGUUUGGAGUUGUUUCUGGAAAAGAAAAUGCAAAGGUUAUUUUAUUUGCCAAACUCAUUAUUCUUAUUCAGCUUGGAAAAUCCAUCUUUGGAGAAAACUACUACUAGUAACUUGAAGAAUGUUUUGGUUUUUUCUACUUCAGCUGCCAAGAGACAGCAAGGGAGUUCAUGCAUGGAGAAUUCUGCUACUUCAGGUGAAGUUAACAAGGAUGGUAUAUUGCAAGCUUGUCAAACAACUGCCGAGUGUAGCCAAGCCAAUUUUCGAAGUGUUUCCGAGCUUUCAUCAGCUGCUGAUAAAUCUUCUGGAUUGACUGCAGUUGAUGUGGGAAAAGCAUUAAGAGGUCUGGCUGCACCAAAGCCAUGUGCCCGAAAUGGUUUAGCUGCUGACUCAACUGAAAGAUGUGGGGAUAUGAUAUCAAGCUUUGCAGCCAAUUCCAUAUCUGAGUACCAUAUUCCCGGCCGGAAGGCUCCUCUGGAUCUUACUUUAAAGACCGGUAUGCGGGUGAUAUCAUCCUCUUCUUUGAAUUGGGUCCAUAGGUCACUUACACAUCAUAUCAAGCCCAAAUUCUCCUUCCCGCAAUGUACUACAACAGGUCAAAAUAUGAGAGGCUCCCAGGGCUUCAAGGUUUUGCACUCAUGGAUGUAUCCUCAAUCCAUCCUGCCACCAUCUCUCACAUCAGUGCUAAGCUCAUCAACAGCAGAUGCAGAAUUGGAGUUCUUAAGGAAACGACAAGUUGCUUGGGAAGAAUCAUUCCAGGACCUCUAUUACAUGCUUCGAAAUAACACUUGUGGCAUCUUUUAUGUUUGCACUUCUCAGUUUGUCGUCAUGUUUACUGGUGGUGACAGCUCUGGGAGUCCCAAAUGCUUCUGCAAUGCUUAUAUCUCUCGGUCAACCAGGGGUAUGAGAUCACUGUUAAGAGAAAACGAUGUUUAUUUCUCAAUGCCUCUUUGCCAUUCUAAAGUGGAGCAAGUUGCUACAGAGUAUUUGGUUGAGCUGUCAGAGAUAGAGAAACAUAAUCUGGGGCAGACUCGACAAUUAAGGUCUUACUCUGAAGUCGAUAAUAGCCCACAAUCUUUGCUGAUUUUCAGUGGCAACAAGAAUGUACAUGGUUUGUAUGAUCUCUUGCUAAAUUACAGAUCUUUCUUUACCUCGCUAUCCAGUACUGAUGUACCUUUGUUGUGCUCUCCUGCACCAUUUCGAAAUGCUGCAUUUUCUUUUCCUGAUGUUAAAUGCAUGGAGAUGAGAAAAGCUGAGCAUAUUGCCACCUCUUAUGAUCAUUCUACUUUGGAAAACGGUGAAUUUGCACAGGGUUCAUCCGAUAGCCUUUGUUGUAGCGUUGAAAUAAAAGAUACAAUUCUUCCACCAUGGAUUAUUUGUGGUGUAUGUGCCUUGCUGGCUUCUGAAGGAAGAAACUUUGAGGCAAGUUUUGUCAUGGAACCUAGCUCAGUUGGUUUGAACAUUGCCUUAGAAUCAACUAGCGAGAAGCCAGAAUCCGAAGCUGGUCGUAGCGAAAGCUUGCAAAGCCACAGCAGUACAUUUGGAAUUCCAGAAGCUAUCGUCGCCCCUUGCUUGAAAUCGUGUUCAGUAAAAGGCUUAAAGUACUGUGAUGACUCUUAUACAGCUUCUCUAUCACCUGUGUGAUCAUGACCAAUGAUCAUCAAUGAAUUUUCCUCAUAUUGCUGAGUAGUUUAUAUAUUUCAAGGCUCUU